AUGCAUUUGGGGCCGAGCAUUUCGACGGCUCUCAUGGUGAUGAUAGCUAUAGCUUGUGAGUUUUCCUUUGCACUUCUCAGACUCUCAAAAUAUACUUUCAGCGUUAAGCAGAACUGUCUUGGAAACAUAUUUCUGGGGAUCCUCGGAAACCGCCCAAACUCCCUACCAACGUGAGCAAAUUGUGCAUAGAAGUUUGACUGAAAAAUUAUAUUUUGCAGGUCUCGUUGAAUACGAAGACUCCGCGACGAUAUGUUCUUUAUCCGACAACAGAAACACCGGAAGUGAGUUGAAUUUUCUGGCGACGGUUGCUAAACAUUCGCCGGUUGCAAAGUGUAUGCGUAAACAAAUUACGACGUCGAGGGAUUCGUCACGAAGCUCAGAGACUUCUCGAAGACACUGGCGUCUGUGCAGGUGCUCGACACGAUGGAUACGAUGUUCAAUGCGCUGGAAUCGGUGAAAGAGGAGUACAAGUCUCUCGGCGAUCUCAAAGACACGUCCGUCUUCAAACUUUUUUCACUGCGGUCGAAGGAAUUAAGUCCAAUCCAAUCAACGUCAGUCUGAUCGAAGACUUCGAAAGUUUUGUCGGCUGCUGCUCUCGCGUGGCCGAUGGAAGUGCUCGAAAAGAAGGUCAGUGAACUGAAUGGCAGUUGGGAUGGCUUGCGGCAAACUGGAGCUGCUCAACGAGUCGACGAACUGGAGAAGAUGUUCGAGGAGGCCGGAACUCUUAAUAACGCGAUGCUGGAAAGGAUCAUCGAGUGGGUCGGAUGGCCGAAUACCCCGUCUCUUACACUCAUGCAAGCAGCCUACAAAAAUUGCGAACAACAUUGAAGGAUCUAUCCACGUGGAAAGAUGUCAUCCAAUUCACUAACAAAUCGAAUCUGGACGCGGAGCUGUCGGCCGUUAUGGCAAAUUUGGCAAAUUCGAAGCACAAGGAGCUCUUAGAAAACUUUAAAGAGCUGGCCACACUUUUUGGUGAAGUUUUAACGAAACUGAAGAGUCUUGGACAAUUCCUCGACAUGAUCUCGGGGAAUCAGACGAUGCUGAUAGACUUUCCGACGAAGUAUGGAGACAGAAGCUUCAUCAGCGCCGACUUGAUGUCCGACUCUAUCUUCACCCUGGAGGACUUCCGAAAGUAUCCGGAGCAGAUUAAUGCGAAUCGGACGCUGCAGAUGACGGACUUGUUCGAUCUAUGGAACCUUCCCUACCAUUCGGAACACUUUGGAUGCGCUGUAGCCGCACUGGUCGCCGUCGGAAACUUUGAGGAAAAGCGGACUGUCUUCGAGACGUUUCUGUGAGCAGGAGCGAAAGUGGAGCUGAUGAUUGAAAAUCUGCAGGAUCCCGCGUCGAAAAAGAGAGUCCAGUCACUUCAGGGAAGCUUCCAGACAACCACUUCGGAAGUCCAAGACCUGCUGAGCACCGUCAAGGAUCGAAUGGACGCGAUUCGAAGACCCUCGAGAUUCGCACGUUACACUGACCGAAGUGAUGAAGUCGGUCUGAAACGAUACCAAGACGUGUUAGCACUCGACCAACUGCUUAUUCUGCAUCCCAACUUCCAAGACCUUCACGAUAAGAAGGCUUCGCUGAAAGAGUUGUCCGCUCUCGAUCUCGACUUUGUCGAGUUCCAUCAAGCACUGUUCAGGAUUCCUCUUACGCUUUGUUUUCUUGACAUUGUGCUGGAGUUCAAGAGAACAGCCUUCAGUAGCCCUCCGCGUACCGAACCGUGAGUUGACAAUAGAAUGUGCCGUUUUUAAAUUUCCAUUCUUUUUCAGCACAUCCACGCUCUGCGGCUGCACACUAGACAACUCGGCAAGCACAGUGUGCGAGAAUGGUCAGCGAGGACGAAAGAAGAAUCUGUUUUCCCGAAUGGUGAAACAAUUCAAGAAGAUGGUGCGGACCGCGGUGAUGGAAAAGAAGAUGGAAAAUCUGGAAAAGACGUUGAUAGCGAUAAAGAAGAGGCACGCGGAGAAUCUGAAAAAAUCGGAUAAGGCAAAGCCAAAGAAGGAGAACACGAAGCAAAUGAUAUUUGUCAGAGCGUCGAAUAUUGUUGAAAACAUGGUAGAGAUUAAUAACCUUCGAGAAUCGAAUAGGGAACGUCGACGGAGUGUGAAGAACAAAGUGCAAGAGAAGAUUGACGCGAUGGCACGGUUUCAGAAGGAGAACGACGACAUCGCCAGGGCUAACGAGUACAAGUACAACAAGAACGACGAUGGUGAGAACUUCUGUUCUUUCCCCUUUUCGUCUCAUUCCACAUUCUUUUUCAGUUGACAUGUACUUCUACGAUCCGGAUUGGUUCCUCCGCAACGGCUUCAGCACUGACGCGGCGUUCACCGUUCCCCGCGUCAAAAUGGACAUUAACAAGACGGUUCUGCAGGGUUAUUGCGAGUGGCAACUCCAAAAACCAGGACUCAUAGACGACGAUUUGAGAGUGGACCGCAUGGGAAUGUGUACAAUGUGAGUGGAUCUCUUGAAAGUACUAUCAGAAUGUUGAUACUUUGAGGUACCCGGAAAUGCCGCUCAUCAGGCAUACGUUGGCGAUCGACAGACACGAUGAGAUCAGAUGCUGCUACCACGCGAACAUCAUCAUUUUCCCAAUAUACGGACGAGCGAUCGCGUGCAUGGCCCCUAGUGGACGCACGAAAGUACCGUACCGCGACGACAUUUGGUUGAUGAUCACGGAAAACAGAUGCAAGAUCAUCGUUAUGUUGUGCAAUUUGGUGGAGGACGGCGUCGUCAAAUGCUACCCCUACUUCCCGGACGUUAUUGGAAGAACUAAGAUUUUCAACGGAAGCAAAGUGACUCUGGACUCGCAAGUGGAGAAGUUCGACGGAGAGCUCAUCAUCCGACAGAUCACGUACCAGCCAGUGAAUCCAGAUGUCAUAGGGAUAGUACCGAAGCAGACGGUGACACACAUUACCAGAUUCCCAAAUGGAAGGAAGGAUCGAUUGCGAAGACGGAGAAUCAGUUGGAGGCUGUGCGAUUCGUUUACUACGCGACCCGGAGAAAGAGUAGAACGGUGAGUGAAGGAGAAAUGGGAAAAAAGAACUAGAUUUUGAUGAUUUCAAAAUCCCUACGACCGACCUCAUUCAUAUUUUUCAGGUUCCGUACGUUGUGCACAGCUCCAGAGGAACCGGACGUGUUUGCUGCUUUGCUGCUAUCGACUACAUCUACCAGGCAUCGUGCUCGAAACGCCGGAAGUGGACCCUGCCCAGACUGGUGUUGCAAAUGCGUGUCAUUAGAUAUAUGGCCAUCGAGACUGCCGAACAACUCCAAUUCAGCUUUCUGAUGGCCUACGAGGCAGUUGUCAGGGUAGGACAAAUACUUGAUUUUAACUGUCUUAUCGCUCUUUUUACUGUUCGUAAAUGUUUAUAAAUGCAUAAAGUUCAUAGAAAAUAAACUUGCUUCGUGAUUGA